CGACCGACAAAGUCGCUUUUAAAUCCGGAUGGGUGAUUUUUGAUAGAACACCUCGAUAUGUAUCUGGUAGACAUCUUAACAGAAUGACUGAUAUACCGCAUCUUUCAAAAAUUCAAUUUGGUUUAUUGUUUAAAUGAAUAUUACAUAGAGUACUGUUGUUGAAAUGUCAGGGGAGUGCCAUGUUCGAAAUUCCGAUUGGUAUCUAUUUGUGAAUUUUCGUUUUUUCGGUACAUCUGGGAGAUAAUUUUUUUAAAAAAGAACUGAAAGGUAGCCGUUGGGACUGAAAAUCAAAAUGUUCUUGGACAUACAGCAUUUGAUCCCUGUUUUGGUUGCCAUUGUUUGCACUUCAUUGCUAUUGAUAUUGAAGUCACGUAGAAACCAUAAUAGAAUCCAGUCUUGUUCCCAUGAUGUGGUUCUUCUACAUCACUGUGGCAAAGGUCCUCAUGCCCCUAGUUUGUCACCAUUUAUUCUCAAACUUGAAACAUUUUUUAAAAUGGCAGAAAUUCCCUAUCAGAUAGUUCGAGAUUAUAAACUAGGACCGAAGGGGAAGGUACCGUGGGUGGAGUACAAUGGCCUCAUCAUGGCUGAUUCUCAGCUCUGCAUGGAGUAUCUGACAGAGAAGCUGCGGCUUAACAUUGACGACCACCUGUCCACUGCAGAAAGAGCCAUUAGUAGGUCAUUACAACGAAUGGUAGACGAACACACUUACUGGUUAAUGGUACACUGGAGGUGGGCUUUUGACAAGGAAAAAUUAAGUUUGAGACAAGCAAACUGGGGAAGUCCAGCCUUGAUCAUCGGUACAUAUGUUCAAAAGAAGAACACGUAUACCCAAGGAGUCGGCAGACAUUGCGAAGCAGAACUGCUACGAAUUCUGCGAAAAGAUUUUAAAGCAUUGUCAGAUUUUCUAGGAACUAAGUACUAUUUCUUCGGAGACAGGCCGUCAUCGGUGGAUUGUAGUAUAUUUGGCCAGUUAUCUCAAUUUCUUUGGCAUCUGCCAGGUUCAGAGCCAAAUGCUAUGCUAAGAGGGGAUUUUUCGAACUUGUGUGAAUACUGUCACCGGAUGAAAGAUAAUCUUUGGAAAGACUGGGCGGAUAACGUAUUGUUUCCGGUGGAACCCUCGUGAUACUUCAGAAACUGGGGUAUUUAGGUUAUAGUAAUACGAAAUAGUUUGGUACCAAGAAAUGUCAAUAUUGCUUGCGUGUGUAUAAUUAUAUGAAUGUGCAUUUAUCUGUACAAAGACCCUUAGGUUUAGAAAGAGUGAACAGCCACACAAGUAGGAAUUUUUCAUGAUUCCCCCCUGAAAAUUUCACACUGAUGUAUCGUGACCAAUCGAGAUUUAUAUAAGAAAAGUAAAUUUUUAGAUUUCAAAUCGUAUUUCAGUGGUUUAUAUAGGUAUUCAAACAUCCCAGUAGAUACAAAGCAUGAAAGAGAUGUGUGAAUCAAUUGGUUAAUUCAUACUAGUAGAGGUUUUAUGGAGACAGUAAUUUUACAGAAUUUGAAACAGUAUGUAUGGAACUGGGUGAAGGGUCUCUGUUAUUCAAAGUUUCACACUGAAUACUUUUUUGUGUCUUAUGUACCACGGAUUUUUCUUACGAAUCCUUACGUAUUCCACAAAUCCGUAAAAGUACACAGAUUGUUACGAUUUAGACACUUUAAAGAGCUGUUAAGAACGGGCUCAAAUCUAUACAGCUCCAAACUUAACUGUUCGUGACUUGUCGUGUUUACAGUGCUGCCGAUGAAAUAAACCGGAACCGACGGUGUGACGUCAUAAAUUAAACUUCAAUGGCCACUCUCUUAGCGACGGGUAAUUUAAAAUACAUGAUAGAUUAAUAUUGAUUUAAUUGUUAAGCAAGGAUUUUUGUUGUUAAAGACUGUCAAUUACGAUAUCAGUAAGUAAUACUUUAUUCAUAAAAGCAACUAUGUGGUUAGGGUUGCCUUUCCCUUUAAGAGUAUUUACGGGCCAUUUACGGUUUAUUACGAGUUCUUGCGAUGCAUUUACGGCACACAUUUACGAUUUGUUCCAAGUGAACACGGAUAAAUACGAGCAAAUAACGACAUUUUACGAGCAUUUUAGGGAUUGUUACGAGUAUAUUACGGACAUUUACGAUUUAGUUUAGCUUUUACGUGUAAAUCACGACCUGUUAACAUGUUGAUAACGUACUGUUACGAAUAGUUAGGAGUUAGUUACGAUUGUUUACAUUUUUUACUCAAAAGUGUUCGCAAUUGGCUUUGUAUCAUCAUUCGACAACUGACAUAACUUGUAACAGCAUGUAUGAAUAUUGUAUGCAAGAUGUGUAACUUCUUUGAUGUCUUGAUAACAACUGAAAGAAACUGUCAGAUUUUGCGUCUUUAAUACCUUUCCUUAAUCGUAAGUUUAAGUAUGUACUCGUAAAGUAAUCGUAUCUAUAUACGUAGAGUGCUCGUAAUGACUCUGAACAAUCCGUAAAGCGAUUGUAACCCGAAGUGAAUGAAAUCGUAAAUAUCACUUAGGCAUUCGUAAUAAUCCGUAAACAACUCGUAAACUAACCGCAAAGAUUCGUAAAAAAAAAAAUUGACGAGUGUUUUACGGAUUCUUACGAGCAGUUUACGUGUUCUUGCGACCAGUUUACGAUACUUACGGAUUGUUACAAGUUAUUUACGGAAAAUGAAAUCCGUGGACAAUCGUAAAUUUUUUUUGACAUGUCAAAAAAUUUGCCCCUUCUUUCACGGAUCCUUACGAGUGUGUGCGAGUUGUGACGAGUUAUUAACGGAUACCGACGAGUGAUUUACGAAUGCUUGCGAUUGACUACGAGUCGGAGAUCCGUAAGGACUUGUAAGAAAAAUCCGUGAGUGUGAAGGUGGUAUUAGAAUGAUACAGUUUAGUUGGUACAUGUAUAGUAUUGGGUUUUUAAAAAAAUCGUAUUAGUGUUAUAUUGACGACAAUUUAAUUAUAUAGCAGUCAAUCCCUCAAUGACUUUGUGAAAUGUGCAAUACAUAUAUACACAAUUUGAAACUAAAGUGUAGAUUUAAAAAAAAAAAUUAAACAUGUAAUAUAUCUUGUGUUUGCAAACAAGAGCGUCUUUUACAAACUAGAUUAUUUAUUGUUUGUGAUUUGUCAUAUAUGUUAAUAAAAAAACAUUACACAAAG